UCAGGAAUCACAUGGUUUACGUUUGCAGCUCAGCCAGACGCCAUUUUGGAGGAAAGUUUGGGAUUUGUGAGAGCUGGAAGCUGCAGGAGAGGAGCAGGAGGAGGUGGAAGGAGAAAGCAGGAGGAAGUUGGCCACGCAUGCAGCUCUCAGGCUGCGCCUCUCCGGGCUCUGAAGCGAUCGGGCCGGUUCCGGAUCAGGCGGUGGGACGGAGUUAGGAGAACCUCCUCCGGGCUGGACUCUGAAGUUUGUCCCGGGGUUUUCUGGAAGGAGGUGCGGAGCUCCGGAGCGGCUCGGUCUCCUCCUGUGCAGCCGGAGCAGCAGCCGGAGCGGCGGGCAGGGCUGGGUGUGUUUUAUCGCAGAGCCUCCUUCCAGCGGUCAGUCUGAGCGCUGCUCCCCGGCCACUGCAGCCUCUGAGGCGGGGAAGUGUAUCUGGGAGGGUCGGAGUCUCCCGGAGCUCCCCUCCCCCUCCUGUGCGGCUGGGUCCCGGUCCGGGACCGGCUCGCUGCUGGGUGGAUCUGUCGGAAGUUUGUCCGCUGUGAACUUGCUGUCGUCGUGGAAACAUUUCUAGCGGGUUUACUGGAUUUUACGGCGGGAGAACAAGUGGAAACCUGCCCAGUGAGGAGGGUGUAUGUGUCACUCUGAGCCCCGAACCGAACCGAGCCCAGUCCGAACAUGCCCGUCAGGAAGAAAGACGCCCAGCGGGCCCUGCUGCUCCUGGAGGAGUACCGGAACAAGCUGACCCACACCGAGGACCGGCAGCUGAGACUCUCCCUCCAGCGGGUCAUCGACAUCUUCCAGAGCAACCUCUUCCAGGCUCUCAUAGAUAUCCAGGAAUUUUACGAAGUGACCUUAUUGGACAGCCAGAGGUGGGCGGAGUCUUCCAAAGGGCCGGAUCCCGGCGUGCCCAUCAACCUGUGGGACUUCUCCAGUCUCCAGAGCCCGACCGGAACCUCGGAGACCCUGCCCAGCCUUAGCACCAGCAUCGAGGAGUCCCCCCUCCUUAACGAAAUCCUGCACACGUUGGCGCAGGCCAAACUCUCCCCCUGCCAUGACGGACAAAAGUACCGGCACCACGAUGAGGACUCGUCCCCCCAGGAGCAGAGCUCCCCCCAGCUGACCGAGGAGCCGGGGGGUCCCGAGCUGGUCCAGGUGGCAGAGAAGAACCUCUCCCAGAUCGAGAACGUCCAUGGAUACGUCACCCACGCUCACAUCUCGCCGAUGAAGGCCAACCCUCCGCCUGUGGUGGUCAACACGGACAGCCUGGACACGCCUCCAUACGUGACUACAAAUUAUAGCUACAAAAUAUUUGAACAGCUGUCUAUCAGCAGGGGAAACUCUGGGCUGGGCUUCAGCAUCGCAGGAGGUACAGAUAACCCCCACAUCGGUGAAGACCCCAGCAUCUUCAUCACCAAAGUCAUUCCUGGAGGAGCAGCAGCUCAGGACGGACGGCUCAGGGUGAACGACGUCAUCCUGCGGGUAAACGAGGUGGAUGUCCGGGACGUGACCCACAGCCGGGCCGUGGAGGCGCUGAAGGAGGCGGGGUCUCUGGUCCGACUCUACAUCCGCAGAAGGAAACCGGUCUCAGAGAAGGUGAUGGAGCUCAAGCUGGUGAAAGGACCCAAAGGUCUGGGCUUCAGCAUAGCAGGGGGGGUCGGAAACCAGCACAUCCCCGGAGACAACAGCAUCUACGUCACCAAGAUCAUCGAAGGCGGCGCCGCACAGAAGGACGGGAGGCUGCAGAUCGGAGACAAACUGCUGGCCGUGAACAGCGCCUGCCUGGAGGAGGUGACCCACGAACACGCCGUCACUGCCUUGAAAAACACUCCUGAUGUGGUCUACUUGAAAGUGGCAAAACCCAACAGUGUCUUCAUGAGCGACAGCUUCGCCCCGCCAGACCUCACCAACUCCUUCACGCAGCACAUGGAGAACCAUAUCAGCACCCCUAACUUCCUGGGUCAGACCCUCCCCACACCGGCACCAACGGGACGCUACUCGCCAACGCCGAAGAGCAUGCUUGGAGAAGACGACGUCACACGGGAGCCGAGGAAGGUGGUCCUGCACCGGGGAGCAACGGGCCUGGGCUUCAACAUCGUGGGUGGGGAGGACGGCGAGGGGAUCUUCAUCUCCUUCAUCCUGGCCGGAGGCCCGGCGGACCUGAGCGGGGAGCUGCGGAAAGGAGACAGGCUGGUGUCGGUGAACGGCGUGGACCUGCGGAACGCAACGCACGAACAGGCCGCCGCCGCCCUGAAGAACGCUGGGCAGACGGUGACCAUCGUGGCCCACUACAGGCCAGAGGAGUACAGCCGCUUCGAGGCCAAGAUCCACGACCUGAGGGAGCAGAUGAUGAACAGCAGCAUCAGCUCCGGGUCCGGGUCCCUGCGGACCAGUCAGAAGAGGUCCCUCUACGUCAGAGCUCUGUUCGACUACGACAAGACCAGGGACUCGGGUCUGCCCAGUCAGGGCCUGAACUUUAAGUUCGGAGACAUCCUCCACGUGGUGAACGCCUCCGAUGACGAGUGGUGGCAGGCCCGACAUCUGACGCCUGAGGGGGAGCUGGAGGAGGUGGGGGUGAUUCCCAGCAAGAGACGAGUGGAGAAGAAGGAGCGAGCGAGGUUAAAGACGGUGAAGUUCAACUCCAAGUCCAGAGACCGGGGGUCCGUCAAUGACAAGCGUAAAAAGAACCUCUUUACCCGAAAGUUUCCUUUCUACAAGAGCAAAGAGCCGAGCGAGCAGGAGACCAGCGACGCCGACCAACAUGUGACGUCUAACGCCAGUGAUAGUGAAAGUAGCUACCGUGGAGCAGAGGAGUACGUUCUGUCCUAUGAGCCGGUUGUUCAGCAGGAAGUGAACUACACUCGACCCGUCAUCAUCCUGGGACCCAUGAAGGACCGGAUCAACGACGACCUGAUCUCAGAAUUCCCCGAUAAAUUCGGCUCCUGUGUCCCACAUACGACCCGGCCCAAACGAGACUACGAGGUGGACGGCAGGGAUUACCACUUCGUGGUCUCCAGAGAGCAGAUGGAAAAGGACAUCCAGGAUCACAAGUUCAUCGAGGCGGGCCAGUACAACAACCACCUGUACGGAACCAGCGUCCAGUCGGUCCGAGAGGUGGCAGAGAAGGGUAAACACUGCAUCCUAGACGUGUCGGGCAACGCCAUCAAGAGGCUCCAGCUGGCUCUGCUUCACCCCAUCGCCAUCUUCAUCAAACCCAAAUCUGUGGAGAACAUCAUGGAGAUGAACAAACGUCUGACGGAGGAGCAGGGCCGGAAAACCUUAGACAGAGCCGCCAAGCUGGAGCAGGAGUUCACUGAGCAUUUCACAGCCAUCGUUCAAGGCGACACGCUGGAGGAGAUCUACGAGCAGGUGAAGCAGAUCAUCGAGGAGCAGUCUGGUCCCUUCAUCUGGGUUCUGUCCAAGGAGAAGUUAUGAGACCCGGCGCCGGCUUCAUCUCUCCUCCUCUUCAUCACUUUGUUUUAUUUUGGAAAGAAGCAUGGACCGGCGGACGGCAGCCUCACCUCUACUUCCAUCCAUCUCCCCAAGGCUUCAUGUUCCUUUCCUUGGAAGCACACAGGAAGUGACAUCACACGGUACAGCUCCUUAAUGUUUAAGGACGGAGGAUUUCAGAGGAGAAGAACAAGAGUUCAAAAAUGUACAACACAAAUUCUUUGGUUCUUUUUCUUUUGGCUGUUGUGUUUUUUUUUUUUUUUUUCCAGCCAGAACCUCUGGCAACGUUUGUUUGGAUCGGAGGAAGCAGAGACACAAAAAGCAGAACUUUGCACGUUUGAGCUUUAACAGCAUGUCGGUUUAGACCCGUUUGUUUCCCAUCAGCCCCUUCACCUCAGCGUCUGACAUCACAACUCCUUUCACUAUUUUUUUUUUAUUAAAUCUUUUUAGUUUUUAACAUUUUCCGCUCCUCACUGCUGCAGGAUGUUCGUCAGGAGGCUGCAGGCCCAUCACUCUGCUGCUAGAGGGCGCCAGAGACCUAAAUACUAAAAUGUAAAGUUUUAACAGUUAAAAGCUCAAAUCAAAACAUGUUAAAUAUAAUUAAUAGACUGAAACCAGAAACUUUUGGUGUUGAAUUAGUCGAUG